AAAAACAGUAUCUGACGAUGUGUCACUAACAUCGUAGCAGUUGAGUACGAAAUAAUCGAUGUGGGGUUUUUCUACCACGAUGACAUUGUUUUUUUCUUUUUUCUAGAAAUCAAGGUUCCAAUUUUCAUAUGCAGUUGUGUGAAAAGCAUGCAACUUUACCCUUCCUUUUUCCACAGGCGUGGAUGCGAACAAAGAUUCUUUCAUUCAUGCGCUAUUUCCCCAACUCUCCCACAAUCCCACUUUUGAAUUUUGGAUCGCUUCCAACGGUCACUCGCUACCCUUUCCCUUCACAAACCCUACUUUCCCCCUUCUCUGUAAAUGGGUUGGAAUCUCAUCUUCUGGCUCCUCAUUUGUUUCCCUGCCAACAUUGCGCUUCUCGCUUCCACUUUCUACCAGGUUUUGAUUCUGUCGGAUUUGGAGUCUGAUUACGUCAACCCUUUCGACGCUUCGUCUCGGAUUAACUACUUCGUUCUUCCGGAGUUCAUUGGGCAGGGAGCAUUGUGUGCUCUGUGCCUCUUCACUGGCCAUUGGUUCAUGUUUUUGCUCACAGUUCCUGUUACUUGUUACCAUGCCAGACUGUAUGUGAAAAGAGAGCAUCUGAUUGAUGUUACUGAGGUAUUUAGGGUAGUUAAUGCUGAGAAGAAAUUUCGGAUAGUCAAACUUGCUUUAUACUUAACGGUUCUCAUUGUUACUAUCUUCAGGCUUACAUUAAUCGCAGUCUACUAUUUAGGCAUUGAAGACGAUGAUGACCUAGGACACCUUUGGUAAGUUGUACCCUAAUUUUUGGUUGUUGGGGGGAACUUGUGACUUUAUCUGUACCAUUACAUUAGGUUUACUCUUAGAAUUCAGGUGUUCACAGAAAUAGAAAUGUUAGCCAUUAACUUCA